CCCGUUGCCUUCGCAUCGGUUGCUCAGACCUCACCUCUCCCGUUUCCAUCAGCUGCUCAGACCUCCCCUCCCCGUUUGGCCGCCGCCCCUCGCCUCCUCCUCCUCUGCCGACUUGCCAAGGCUCUUGUUUGCAGGGCUGAUGGCACUCGAAUCCAAGUCCUCGUCGAGGUGUACCACGGAGACGGCGAAGGGAACGCACGUCUUGGAGAUCGUCGGGUACAGCCUCAAGAAGGGCCUGGGAAUCGGCAAGUUCGUCCAGUCGGCCAUCGUCACCGUCGGCGGCUACGACUGGACCAUCCGCUUCUACCCUGACGGAGCCAACAUAUCGUACGCCGAUUGCGUUUGCGUGUCGGUUUCGCGCGACCUCACGGGCAAGAGCAAGGGGGUGGCGCGGGCAUCCUGUGAUCUGCGACUGGUUAACAAGGAUACUGGGUUGCCAAAGAGUAUUUGGUAUCCGUCUCAACCAACCCCGUCAGUGUUCGACUACAAUAAUCGUGUUUUCCCAGAAUGUGGAGGGUCUAUUGAAAGGAGUGAGCUGGAGCUGGAAGCAUCAGGGUACAUUAAGGAUGAUAGCUUGACAAUUGAAUGUGUACUCACAGUCAUCAAACAAUCGCAGGUGACAAAAACAACCGGGAGCUCUGAAAUCAAGGUGUCAUCGUCGAACUUAUCAGAUCAUUUCGGCAAGCUGUUGUUAGAGGGGAAGGGGUCCGACGUGACAUUCAGUGUUGGCGGAGAGACUUUUGCCGCACACAAGAUCAUACUUGUGGCGCGAUCACCUGUCUUUGAGGCGGAGAUGUAUGGAGGGAUGAAGGAAGGAAAGGCAGAGUCCAUUACAGUUGAAGACAUGCAGCCUGCUGCUUUCAAGGCCUUACUGCAUUUUGUAUAUACCGACUCAUUGCCUGAUGUGGGUGAUUUUGGUGGUGAUGAUUACGUUGAGAUGAUCCGGCAUUUACUUGUGGCUGCCGAUAGAUAUGCCAUGGAUAGGCUGAAGUUGAUAUGUCAAAACAUCCUCGGAAAAAACCUUGCCAUGGAGACUCUGGCAACUACAUUGGCUUUAGCUGAUCACCAUAACUGUGACAGGCUUAAGGAAGCGUGCAUUGAGUUUAUUGCCUCUAAGGAUGAGAUGGAUGCUGGCAACACAAGGUUACAGUAAUCUCAAAAGAACUUGCCCUUCCGUCUUAAUAGACGUGUUCGAGAAGGCAAGUAGGUUGCGCAGAGCAUAGGUGAGCAGCUCAUUCUAAGCGGAGUCGAUUGACAACAUUAUGUACUUCUUAAAUCGUAUGAAAAGCUAGCUAGUUAGUUUCCUAGAGCAGCUCGUGCUAACCUGAACCGGUGGGUGGUAAGUCUAGUUUAUUACAAUAUGUGCACCUUUUGUCAAACUACUGGAUUCCAGAAUUGUUGAACGUCAGGGUGUUGAACUGUUC